AUGAAUCCCACCACUGGCCUGACCUGGGCGGUCAUGUUUGCAUCCGCUUCUGAUCCGGACCUGGGGUUGUGCCGUCCGUGCAACCGGUACGGCAUGUUCGGGCAUGCUCCCCGUCAUGUCUCAGCUCCAUUACUGAUGCGCUCCAUGAACAGCACGAGCGGGGUCUCGUACUACUUACUGGGGCCCGGGGAGGUCUCAAAUCAACCGCCGCGUUCGAUACAACUACAGCUGGCAAGUGAGGAGUUGCAGCCCUCUACCCUGGCCAUACGCAAGGACGAUGACGAUAACAAUGACGAUGAUGACGACGGCCGCCUUAGCAAAUGGGGCACCGACGCGAAACGGGUUUUGGAUGAGCAGGCGCGAACCCGCCGGAUUGCCGCUGAGGACGUCGAUUUCUGCUUCAUGUUCGGCAGCCCAGCCGUGUGGGUCGAGGAAACAAUCACUCAGAUGACUAGAGCCAUCGAAGAGUCCAAAAUGACCCAUGUGGACGGGGAGGUGGCCUCUUGGAAGUUUAUCGACGAGCCCGAGGCGGCGGCACUGGCCCUCGUUCCUGACAUGGUCAAGGAGCACAAGCUAAAGGAAGGCCAAACCAUCGUCGUUGCUGAUCUCGGCGGAGGCACCGUGGACUUCAUCUCCUACAAAAUCAGCAAACUCACGCCGGUCCUCAAUGUCCAAGAAUGCGUCGCUGGAGAAGGCCGACUUCUUGGGGACCUGUUCAUGCGCCGCGCCCUAUACUCCCUCGUGGAGGAGGAAGCUCAACGGGAAGCUCAACGCGCUCACGGUACCACCAUACUGGAGAAUGACAAGGAGAAGAUCGAAGCUCAAGCCGAGGAGCUGUGGAAGCUGACGCAGCUGAUGACUGCCGCCGCAUGGGACGACAUGACCCACGAGUUCAAAGUUGACCUCUCCGACGGAACUCUUCUAUCUGUGAACCUCACUGGCGGCAAAAUUGUUACGGAGUUACGGGAGAUCACCAAAGGCAUCGUCGAACUCACCAAGAAGCAAACGAGCGCGGUCAAGGAAAAGACUGGCAAGGAACCUGCUAUGAUCCUUGUUGUCGGCGGUUUCGGAUGCAACACGUUCCUCCAGUCUGAGAUGAUGCGCCAACUCGAUGGUCUCGGCCCCCACAUCGAGUUUGCAGACCAGAAAGGACGGUUCGCGGUGAAGAACGGUGCCGCCAUCGCCUGCGUUACGACAUUUGGCGGCGGGAUCGGCAUGCCCCGUACGCCCCCGAUGUACAUCAAGUCCUUCGUCUCACCUAAGAGCUACGGCGCCUGGGAUGGCACGACCCCCCAGAAUGAAAUCGGCUUCUUCGUUUCCAAGGGUGGUGAAUUGCCCGCCACCGUUGUCCUGCGCCCGCGCGCUUUCAGGGAAGAGCAGGACGAAUGCCGCCUCACCAUCUACGCCAUCUCUACCCCAUUGACAGCGGUGGUGGCCCUGAAAACGAUCAAGGUGGGAAUCAAGCGUUUCACAAUCAUCUGCAAGAAGCCUGAGAUUUUGGAGCGGGGCGCGCAGCUCAAGUUGGAGGUGGGGAAGAAGGGAGAGAAGGGGAAGACAGUCGGCUUCAAGAUAUUUGUUGACGGGGAGGAGGACAAGGAGGAGGAGUAUUUCCAUAUGUAG